AGAAAGACAGUGUGUCCGAGAAUUUUUAUACGCGUAUUUAAAAUAUCUUUUUAACGAUAUUUUAUCUUUUUAUUUAUUUGUCGAACGCAAGUCGCAACCUUGUUGUUGAAACAAAUAAAACUGUGAUAGUGUCAAUAUCUGUUUGUGACAAGAGUGAGAAAAAAAAGAAAGAAAGAAAAUAAGAAAAAAGAACUGACACGCUCGUGAUGAGCACAUGGUACAAACUAACAUAACGCAAGAGUUGAACAAAUAGAAAAAUUUUUUUUGAAGAAAGGAAUUAAGUAAACAAAGCCGUGAAGAAAUACUUGGAGGUGCACAAAAAUCCAGAACACAGUCGGGAACACCGCGGCAGUGAAGCAACUUGACACAUUUUCUCAGAGUGCAAGAGUAACCAAGUUAUAUAAACGGUGUGUGAAAAACUUUGAAUUAUAUAUUCUCUCAGUGAGAAGACAAAAUUGACAAUUGACAUUUUGUUGUUGUUGAGUGUUUAUCUGAAAUCGUGACCGAGAGAAGAACUUUUUUUAUUGCAAAACGCGAAAAUGAAUCGACGACGAAAAGCGUAAUUGCUAAUAUUGUCGCAAUAACGUUUUUUUUUUUUUUUUUUUAUACCUUUCGUCAAAAUGGUGGACAAGAAUAAGUUUCUGCCCUGGCCACUGCUACCGUAUCCGGCCGGUCUCUUGAACCACGUUUGGUACAGCCAUCUGUUAAAUACUAGAUUGCUCGAGAGUAUGAAAAUGCCACCUCGGACCUCGGGUUUCGCCAUUAGUGAUAUUUUGGAAUUGAACGACGCUAAGCCGUCGCAAGAGGAAACAGAUGUGCCAGUUCCAGGCGCUGCGACGGUACUUCCGUCGGCCGCCGACGUGCCGACGGCUUAUCAGCAAUUUUUGGAGCACACGACCGCCAUGUUACAACCGGCUAUGCACGGCAAUCUGAACAGGAGUACGCUACCACCGCCUCCGCCUGGAUUAUUAGGUUGGCCGACUGGUCCGGCGCUGCCGACGGCAAUACCCCAACCCUUGGAGGAAGUGAACGUUCUCCAGCAGCCGGACUCGACGAGUCCCGCGAUCUCGGACAUGUCGUACCCGUCGCAGCAGGAGAACAGUCACGAGUCGACGAAGGACGAGGAAACCCAGGAGUUCGAGGACGAUCAUCAGACCGGCAACGAGACGACGCAGUCAGCUCACGAGACCGAGCACAAGAAGCGAAAGCGACGGGUCUUGUUCUCCAAGGCGCAAACGUACGAGCUCGAGCGACGCUUCCGUCAGCAGCGUUAUCUGAGCGCGCCCGAACGGGAACAUCUGGCCUCGAUUAUACGUUUGACACCCACCCAGGUAAAGAUCUGGUUUCAGAACCACAGGUACAAAACGAAGAGAGCGGCGAGCGAGCGCGUCGAGGCCGGCGGAAGCGGUUGCUCGCCUAGAAGAGUCGCCGUGCCGGUUCUGGUGAGAGACGGCAAACCAUGCCAGUCCAAGAGUCUGAUGGAACCGACGACGUAUCCCGGCAGCAGCCAGGUUCCCAUGGCGCCGUACAUGCAGAAAUACUGGUGGUAGAGAAAAUCAUUUCUGCAGAGAAAGAAAAGUGAUCCAAUGUAUUUUCGAUGGAAUUGCGCUGACUGACUUCUCUUCGCGCGAAUUCAUUGAGAUGGGGUGCGCGCGCACACACUCUCGAGAUGACGAACACGCACUAAUAAAGAAAUCGUGCGAAUACGAAAAGAGAAGAAGAAAAACCGUGGGUAACGGUUGAUACAACAUGAUGUAAUGGUGCAAGAUACGUAAUGUAGUGCAUGAUGUAAUUUAACGUACGUGCGACGAAGAUUUUUGUUCCGCACGUUGACGCGUCAUAGUGACGAAAAAUGUGCACGUGGCGAUUCUUGAGUGGAUCGCACGGCCAUUUCGGAAACACAAAUGGCAAAUUUUCAAAUAUGUGUGUAUUGAGUUUUCAUACACACGUAUCAAACAUCCAACAGAAGAAUUAAUAAUUUAUUAAUUAAGAACGUGAAGAGAGAGAGAUACAAAAUCGUACAAAGUUCAAUGUUUUCAAUGUUGUAACAUUUCCAAGAAGGUGAAUGUAAGUCGUGCGCUUGCAUGGGUCUUACACUUUAGAGAACUUGAAUGAAUAUGCGAGGAGAUUAGAUCUAGUGCUACGAAUGUUGAUGAUUGAAGAAGUGAACUGAGAAAACGUUCUUUAAAUGUUAAAAAAAAAAAAAAAAAAAAAAAAA